AUGUCGAAACGGAAUGGAAGUACUGCUACGCAAGAAUACGAGGGGAGCGUGAUCAAAUGCUUUAUGGACGAUGCUGGACCACCAUGUCGACGGUGUAAAGAGAAGAAGCUGAGCAACUGCACUGUUAGCAAGAACCUACAGACCAUCAUUGAUGAGAAAACUGAGCUGUCAGAAGCCAUGCUAUCGGAUCUCGACCAGGUGUACACAGCAGUCAAGGAGAUGAGAAGUAUAAUGGGCUUACCAGAAUUACCGCCAUUACAAACAUCACGGUUGAACAAGCGAAAAGACUCUUCAGCACCACCACCACAAGAGUCAACGACACUUCAACUGGACGAUAAUUAUGGCCCGUCAUGCGAUAAUUCACCGAAGCUCACGCCCGAAGAUGAUAGACUGCCUCAUGCGCCCAUUCAUUCUUUAUACACUCUUACUAGAAUGAGAGCACUUCGAUCGCCCGGAAGUGGGAGCGAGAACCCAAGUCAAGCUAUCAAUGAUUUUAUUUCUCAAGGACAGAUCUCACUGGCUGACGCUGAGCGGUUAUUUGUUGUUUACCGAGAUCGUCUGGACGGGUUUAUCUACUCUAUUGGAUGUCCCUAUAAAACUCUCGAGAAGCUUCGUCGGAAGUCCUCAAUCCUAUGCGCCGCUACCCUUACAAUCGCCGCACUCCACGACCCAGCUGCCGAUAAAGUAUAUGGCAUUUGCAACUCCGAACUCCGGCGAUUGACCGAAAAGUCGAUGCUGCAACGCCAAGGUGACAGGGACUACUUCCGAGCUCUCAGCAUCGCGUCAUACUGGCUUAGUGACUUGUCUUGGACAUUGUCAGGCCAUGCGAUCAGACGAGCUGCAGAAUGCAACAUCCACAACAGUUACGGUCUUGCCAUCAAAGAUCAAUCUGAAGAAGCUAUGGACUCAGCGCGAAUCUGGUCUAUUCUAUACAUCUGCGACCAGCACCUUGCUAUUCUAUACGAUAGACCGGCCAUUAUUCAGGAUGAUUGGCUUACGCAGGACUGGGAAGGUAUCUUGAACUGUCCGCUGGCUACGGAUCAGGAUGAAAGACUUAUGAGCCAGGUUGAACUGAUGGGGAUACUGCGGAAUAUACGACGAUUGUUUGGUCCUGAUAAGGGAGAAGAAAUUCCUAGAUUAUAUCUGAGUCAGAUAGGACACUACCAUCGACAACUUGAUCAGUGGAUCACAAAGUGGACUGAUCGGCUUCCAGAGGGCCAUCCCAACAUCGGAGCAUUUCCAAGAAAAGGAGCCCUCUUCCACUUCCAUCUCGCCCAACUAUAUCUCUACUCCCACGUCUUCCGAGGCCAAUCCAACCAAAUACCCAGCCAUUUCCUCGACACAGCCUCAAUGGCCGUAACUUCCGCAUCAGCCAUCAUCGACAUCCUCCUCACCGACCCUGACCUCUCCAUCAGUAUUGUCGGGAUACCAUCUUAUCUACUCUCGAUGACAGCAUUCGCAGCUAUGUUUCUAGCCAAAGUUUCACAUAAAUACGGAGAUAACCUGUUCAGACGCGAUCAAGCGCUGGAUCAAAUUACUCGACUGAUCAGCCAUUUUCGGUCUUUGUCUAUGGGGAAGUGGCAUCUGGCGAAUCUGAUGAUUAGAGGUUUGGAAACUGUGACGAGUCUUUUGACCUCGCAUGGAGUGCAGGAUAAAGUGCAGAAUGCUAUUUCGUCGAUGAUGCCUGGGAAUGAGGCAAAUCAAGGUCUUGAAGAUGUCUACAAUACGAAUCCGGAUAUGUUCACUGGGAUUGAUGGGAGCACGAUGCCUACUUGGGACACGACCUUUGGGCUAUCACCUAUCUUUGGCUUUGAUCCAUCGUUUCUUGAUGUCGAUGGGUACAUGCAGUCAAUGGCCAUCUUUCCAAACACAGAAGGAUCUCAAAGGGGCGUCGAAUGGUAUUAUGAAAGGAAAGUCAAGCGACGGGCGAUGUAUUAA